AAGAAGGGUGACUGCGCCCAAAAGCUUGCUAAGAACUUUUUUCCGACUACUCAGUUGGUCUAAUAAAAGAUACCACAUCUAUUCAAAGAAGCCUGCCUGCCUAAUUGGGUCAGAUCUGGGGGGAAGCUGGGGAAGGCCCAGGUGAGGUCCCUGCAGGUGCCCAAAUCCAGCAGAGCCUGGCUUGGGACUCUUGAGUUUGAGGCUCGUGACCUGGUGAGGCCCAGGGGGCUGUGGCAGGGGCUGGGCUUCAGAGGGACAUCUCCCCCAGUGCCAGGACAGGGUGGCUUCCAGCCCCAGCUCCCCACCACCCCCUGCUCCUGUCCCUGUGGGGCUGCUGUACCUGCCAGGGGGCAAGCCUGGCCGGAUGCAGCACCCUUUGUCCCGCUGGCCUGGCGGGACACUCCUCCGUGACAUCACUGGGAGUGUCACCUGGGCGGGGACAUCCCCUCCACUGACGUCAUGGGCAGAGUUAGGAGGAUGCCGGGGCUCGGGGCGGGCAGAGCCAAACCAUGGCUGGGAGCACUCGGGGCGCUGCGCUGGGCCGGGCGCUGCUGGGGGACAGGGGCAGGUGCCUGAGCUCCUGCGGUGUGCUAGCAGUAUGCACCCCCAAGCAGCGCCCUCCAGCUCCGGCUCCAAUCCUGAGCCAGCAGGCGAGGCCCUUUCUGCACCUGGCAGCCCCUCUGAUGGGCAACAAGCGGAUGGAGUACUCGGAGGCGCGCGUCAUGGGGUACUCAAUGAAGCAGAUGUACAAUGUGGUGGCCAACGUUGAGAGCUACCGGCUAUUCGUGCCAUGGUGCAACAGCUCCAGGGUCCUGUCCCACCGCAAAGGGCUCAUGAGGGCAGAGCUGGAAGUUGGCUUUUCACCCUUGGUGGAGCGCUACAUCUCUGAAAUCUCCCUGAGCCCCCAUCAGAUCCGGGCUGUGUGCAACGAUGGCCGGAUGUUCAACCACCUGGAGACGCUGUGGCGGUUUGGGCCAGGGCGGCCAGGGCAGCCAGAUACCUGCACAUUAGACUUCUCGGUCUCUUUUGAGUUCAAGUCUAUCCUACAUUCCCGGCUGGCCACCCUGUUCUUCGAUGAGGUGGUGAAGCAGAUGGUGACAGCUUUCGAGGCCCAGGCAAAGAAGCUGUUCGGUCCACAGGCUGAGGUUCUGCCACGACAGCGCCUCCAGGCAGCUCGCUGCGGAUGAUUGUGACAGGACCUGGAGCUGACCCCGCAGCCCCCCUCCGAUGGAGGUGCCCUUCUGAGCUCAUUAGAAGGUUCUGUCUUCGUUUUGCUCUGUCCACAUUUUUGCCUGGACGCAGUUAGUCACCCUCCUUGGGGCCUUGUUCUAUUUAUGUCUAUUUAACCCCCUGCCCUGGAGAUUAAAUUAUUUUUGUAAUCGUGGUGGUUUCUAUUUAAUGCUGCUGUUGGCACAAGGACCAAAAUGCCCAUUUCCUGAGUGCAUUUCCGUGCUGGAAUCUCAGGAGGAGGCAGGCACAAGACUCAAAUGGAAAAGGUUCUAUUUUUAAUGGUGUCAAUAAAAACUUUUGAAUGGAA